AUGGAAUCACCAUUCGUUUUUAAAUCUUUUAUUGAUGUUUUUAAACAAUCGAUUAAAAAUGACAGUGAUCACAUUGCAUUAGAGUAUGUUAAUAUAGAAAAUAGUAACAGUAAUGGUAAUAAUUUAUCAUUUAAUAGUUUAGAUAUUUUAUCAAACUAUUUAUCAAUUUAUUUGAAAAACUAUAUUUUAAAAACUGACUAUAAUAAUAAUAGUAAUAACAAUAACAAUCUUCCACCUAUAAUUUCUGUAUAUAAAAAUCAUUCAUUCCAAUUAAUCAUAUCAAUUUUAUCAAUUUUUAAAUUAAAUUUAAUUUAUUUACCACUAGACACAUCAUAUCCGAUUGAUAGACUAUCAUUUAUGUUAAAUGAUUCAAAUUGUAAUAUUAUUAUAACAACACACCAAUAUCAUAAAAAUAAUCAAUUUAAAAAUAAAACAAUAGUUUGUUUAGAUUGUUUGUUUUCAGAUAUAUUAAAAAAUCAAAAAGAUGAUGAGAGAGAUAAAAAAAACUGGACUAAAGAGCAAGAUGAAAUAUUAUUAGAUGUUGUCAAUAAAAACAAUAGAUCCAACUGGAAAAGAAUUGCAAGUCUUACCUCUUGUGAUAGAAGAGAUAUCGAAUGCCACCAUAGAUUUUAUAAAGUUCUAUUACCAACAAUUUUAAAAGAGAAAUGGAGCAACGAUGAAGUAUUACUUUUAAAAGAACAAUAUUCAAUUCAUGGGAAACAAUGGAACGAAAUAGCAAAAUCCUUCUCCUCAAAAUCAAAUUUAGAUAUUAAAGAUUAUUGCGAACAUGUAUUAAAAGUUAAAAAGAAUGAUAAAGACAGGGCCAAUAAAAAUAAAAAAGAAGAGGAUAAAGGAAAAGAAGAAGAGGAAGAGGAAGAGGAAGAAAUGGAUAUUGAUUAUGAUGAGCUUUCAAAUAUUAUUAUUAAACUAAAAGACUAUCAAGAAAAUUUAAGUGAAAUUGAAAAUAUAAAAAGUGGUAUUGAAGAUCCAGCAUAUUUAAUCUAUACAUCAGGUAGUACAGGUAAUCCAAAAGGUGUACUAGUCGCCCAUAGAGGCAUCGUCAAUUUUCUGCAACAUCAAAUCAAAGUAUUUCAAUUUAAAAGAAAUCAUACCAGGUUGCUUCAAUCACUUCCAAUUUGUUUCGAUGCAAGUUUAUCUGAAAUUGGCACCUCACUUUUAGGUCAUUGCACACUUUUAAUACCAAAAACCCAACAAGAUGCACAAAUAAUUAGAGGCUCUAGUCAAUCGUUUUUAAGCCAUAUUGCCUUGAACAACAUUAAUGCUGCAAUGAUUUCACCAUCAUUUUUAUCAUUACUUUCAACUGAACCAUUUGACUCUGCCAUCAAUAGAUCCCCAUUAGAGACUAUUGUAAUUGGUGGUGAAACAUGUCCAGUAAAAGUACUCAAGAAAUGGAGAACCAGAUUAAAUAUUGUUAAUGUCUAUGGUCCAACUGAAGCUACAGUUUGCACAACUACACUACCCAUCUAUUUAAAGAAAGAACCCAAUGAUACUGAUGACUAUGUAUCACUUGGCGAAGUUGUACCAAAUAUGUCUAUAUACCUGUUAGACGAAAAUACAAGAGAACCAAUUCAGAAUAUUGGUGGUGAAGGAGAAAUAUACAUUGGGGGUGUAGGUGUAGCACUAGAAUACUUUAACAAUGAAAACCAAACUGAAAAAUCUUUCAUCACAGACCCAUUUACGAGCAAUACGUCCAAAAUGUUUAAAACUGGUGACUGGGGCCGUUUAGUUUGUAUUGACCCAACAAAAAAACAAACAAUAGAAUUUCGUGGUAGAAUGGAUAAUCAAAUUAAACUAAAUGGUUCCAGAAUUGAAUUGGAUGAAAUUUCAAGAACAUUAGAAAACCAUCAACUAAUUCAUCAAGCUGUUGUUGAUGUAAAAGCAAUUAAUGAUAAUAAAAUUUUAGUUGCAUAUCUAAUAUUAAAAGAAAAACCAGUAUCAUGCAAAAUUAAGCUCCAAAAUGAAGAAUCUGCUGCCAAUCAACUCGAUAUCCUAAAAUCAUUCUACAACUCACCGAAAUUACUAUCUGAACAAUUUAAAGAAUACCUUUUAAAGACGCUACCCGUCUAUAUGAUACCGCACCAGUUUAUUAUUAUGGAUUCAUUUCCCCAAAAUAAAAAUGAAAAAAUUGAUAGAUCAAAACUACCAGCUCCAUUUUUAAACGACUAUGAUAGUGGAACCAAUCAAAGCAACAAUACAAAACACAUACCAACAAAUGAAGAAUCAAUUAAAAUGGCACUAUUACAAGUUGUGCGUCAGGUUUUAGUAAAUUAUAAUAUUGAAUCAUCUGAUGAUUUAAUUUCGAACCAUUCAAUGACUUCAAUUCUUUGCACACAAAUUAUCGAAAAAUGUAGAAAUAGUCAUGGUAUAAUUUUAACAGUAUUUCAUAUUUAUAUAUUAAGAACGAUUGAUAAAAUUACAAGCAAUUUAAUUAACUCUAGCAAAAAUACCGACAAAAAUCAUCAAGAUAUUAAUGAUAAAUCAGUUCAGCAACUUAAAAUAUUUUUAAAUAACUUUAAUUCAAAUAAGAUUAAUACAAAUAACAAUAGUAAUAAUAGUAUAAAUAUAAAUAAUGGUAACAAUAUAUUAAUUCUGGGGUCAACUGGUUUUUUAGGUUCAAAUAUUUUAAAAUCAAUUUUAAACAACACCAAAUUUAAUGAAAUGAAUAUUUAUUUAUUGGUUAGAAGCAUUGAAAAGGGAAAUAGGCUAAUUGAAGAGAUUGCAACAUCCAAAGAUAAACUUAGAAUUCAUCUUAUUAAGGGAGAUAUCGGUGAAAAUCAAUUUGGUUGCUCUUUAGACGACUGGAAAUUACUCUGUAGCUGCGGCUUUUCAACUAUUAUUCAUUCUGCUGCAAACGUUAACAUGAACUUACCAUUUGACGAAAUGAUCAAAGAUAAUAUCAAAUCCACAUUUAAUGUAAUAGAAUUUAUAAAUCAAAUCGAUCAAAAUAAUUUAAAAGAUAUUCACUAUAUAUCAACACUUUCAACAAUAUUAUCAAACUCUAAAUAUUGGUCCGCAUCAAAUAAUUCAAACCCUUCACACGCUUUAAAUCAAACUCUUAAUAUUGAUGAAGAUAAUGAAAUUAUUUAUGGUGGUUAUGCCCAAAGCAAAUGGUUAUCAGAAUUUAUAAUUUCAAACUCAAACAUUAAAGAUAAAUUAUUUAUUCAUAGACCUGCAAUGAUAUGCCCCAAUUUAAACUCAACCAAUCCAAAUGAAAAUAGCUAUUCAAACUAUUUAAAUAAACUUUUUUCAACAUGCAGAGAAUUGAAAUCAUACCCAAUUGGCAUUCCAAAAGAAAUUGAAACCGAUAUUACUCCAAUAGAUACAUUUGUUUCAAACUUUAUAAUCAAUAUUUUAGGUUGUAAAAAUAAUAAUAAUAGAUACUACUCUUACUACACAUAUUCGAUAUCAUUAAAUCUAUUAUUUAAAAGCCAACUGGAUCAAAACUAUGAAGGUGUACCAAUUAACAAUUGGAUAAAAAAAAUUAAAGAAACUAGCCCAUUUUAUCCUUUUGUCUCAUUUUUAAGCGAAUUUAAAAUGUUCGAAAGAAUUUUAUUUCCAGGGUCAAAAUUACCAAAAACUGAUGCCAAUAUAAUUAACUUCAACAUUUAA